AUGCACGGCAGCCCGGCACUGACCCUCUCUGUCCUGUGUCUUGGGACCCUUCCCAAACCCUCCAUCCGGGCUGACCCAGGGCCCACCAUCAAUGUGGGGACACGUGUGACCAUCUGGUGUCAGGGAUCUCAGCAGACGGAUGUCUACAGACUGUAUAAAGGAGGGUCAUUUCUUAGGACUAUGACCCUGCGUAAUCCCAGGGACACUAGCGGCUACACCACCAUCCUCUCCGUGGACGCACAAGAUGCUGGGCGGUACCAGUGUGCACAUCUCAGCUCUAGUGGCCGCUCAGAGCUGAGUGACCCCCUGACCCUCACUGUGACAGGGCUGUACAAAAAGCCAGUCCUCUCAGCCCAGCCAGGCCUGCUGCUGCGGCCUGGGGACAAGCUGACCCUGAAGUGUCAAUCGGGUCCUGGAUAUCACACGUGUGCAUUAGCCAAGGGCAAGCGGCUCUCAGACCCCCAGUUCCUGUUCAGAUGGAGGUCUAAUCCCGACUUCCUCCUGGGCCCUGUGGACCACAACACUGCAGGCCAGUACUGGUGCUACUACAGUGGACGCAACCUCUAUGAAUGGUCAGCCCCCAGUGACCCGCUGGGCAUCAUGGUGGCAGGAUUUUAUAGGAAGCCCACGCUUUCAGUCCACCCAGGUCCCACAGUGACCUCAGGACAGAAUGUGACCCUGCAGUGUCGCUCGGAAAGCUGGUUUGACACAUUCCACCUGUUCAAGGAGAACCACACGGGGCCCCUCUUACAUCUUUACAUGCAGAAUCACGCUGGGUCGCUCCAUAUUAACUUCACCCUGAGCCCUGUGGCCUCAGCCCACGGGGGGAGCUACAGGUGCUACAGUUCACACAGCACCUCUCCCUACCUGCUGUCACACCCCAGUGACCCUCUGGAGCUGGUGGUCUCAGGGACCUUCUCCAAACCCUCCAUCUGGGCUGAACCAGGGCCCACCAUCCAUGAGGGGACACGUGUGACCAUCUGGUGUCAGGGAUCUCAGAAGACUGGUGACUACGGACUGUAUAAAGGAGGGUCAUUCAUUAGGACUAUGACCCGGAGUAAUCCAAGGGACAUAAGAGGUCACGUCAUCAUCCUCUCAGCCUAUGCACACAAUGCUGGGCGGUACCAGUGUGCACAUCUCAGCUCUAGUGGCCGCUCAGAGCUGAGUGACCCCCUGACCCUCACCGUGACAGGAGCGUACGCAGAUGCACAAACCUCCCUCUCAGCCCAUCCAAGCUCCGUGGUGACCGUAGGAGGACACGUAUCUCUCUGGUGUAGAUCACAGAACACAGUGGACACACUCUAUCUGCUGAAGGAGGGAGGAGCCGACCCUCCCCGACAAAUGAACCCUAAGUGGUCUUCAGGCUUGUAUGAAGCCCUCUUUCCUCUGGGCCCUGUGACCAGCUCCCACGGAGGCACCUACAGAUGCUACGGUUCCUAUGUCUCAUAUUCCAUCCGACGCUGGUCACAUCCCAGUGACCCGCUGGAUCUCCACGUCACAGGGGUGUACGCCAAGCCCUCCCUGUGGACCCAGCCAGGCUUUCCAGUGCUGCCUGGGGACCGUCUGACCCUGACGUGUGGCUCCGAGACUGGAUUUCACCACUUUGCUCUCACCAGGAACGAAGAGCCUCUACGUCCUCUGUACUUUGACAGAAGCCAGGAGAGUCCCAACUUCACCCUGGGCCCUGUGAACUGGAACACUUCAGGCCGGUACAGGUGCUACAGUGGACCUGACCGUUACCUGUGGUCGGCGCCAAGUGACCCGCUGGACAUCCUGGUGGCAGGAUAUUAUGGGAAGCCGACGCUGUCAGCCCACCCGGGCCCCACAGUGACCUCAGGACAGAACGUGACCCUGCAGUGUCGUUCAGAAAGCUGGUUUGACACUUUCCACCUGUUCAAGGAGGGCCACGCAGGACCUCUCCAGAGUCAUCACGUGCAGAACAGAGCUGGGUCCCUCCAGGUCAGCUUCACCCUGAGAUCUGUGACCGCAGCCCACGCGGGGACCUACAGGUGCUACAGUUCACACAGCACCUCCCCCUACCUGCUGUCAAGCCCCAGUGACACUCAGAAGCUGGUGGUCUCAGGAAGCUCUGAGGACCAGCUCCCCAGAGACCUGAGAUCCGAGGUGGUCAGAGCCUAUGCACACAAUGCUGGGCGGUACCAGUGUGCACAUCUCAGCUCUAGUGGCCGCUCAGAGCUGAGUGACCCCCUGACCCUCACCGUGACAGGAGUGUACGCAGAUGCACAAACCUCCCUCUCAGCCCGUCCAAGCUCCGUGGUGACCACAGGAGGACAUGUAUCUCUCUGGUGUAGAUCACAGAACACAGUGGACACACUCUAUCUGCUGAAGGAGGGAGGAGCUGACCCUCCCCGACAAAUGAACCCUAAGCGGUCUUCAGGCUUCUAUGAAGCCAUCUUUCCUCUGGGCCCCGUGAACAGCUCCCACGGAGGCACCUACAGAUGCUACGGUUCCUAUGUCUCAUAUUCCAUCCGACGCUGGUCACAUCCCAGUGACCCCCUGGAUCUCGAAGUCACAGGGAUCUACGUCAAGCCCUCCCUGUGGACCCAGCCAGGCUUUCCGGUGCUGUCUGGGGACCGUCUGACCCUGAUGUGUGGCUCCGAGACUGGAUUUCACCGCUUUGUUCUGACCAAGGACGAACAGUCUCCUUCACUCAUUCCGUACUUUCACAGAAGUCAGCAGAGUCCCAACUUCACCUACUAUUAUGUGAGCAGGGACAAUGCAGGCCAGUACAGGUGCUACUACAGUGGACAUGACCACUAUCUGUGGUCAGCGCCCAGUGACCCGCUGGACAUCCUGGUGGCAGGAUAUUAUGGGAAGCCGACGCUGUCAGCCCAUCCGGGCCCCACAGUGACCUCAGGAGAGAAUGUGACCUUACAGUGUCAUUCAGAAAAUUGGUUUAACAUUUUCCAUCUGUUCAAGGAGGGCCACGCGGGGCCUCUCCAGAGUCGUCACGUGCAGAACAGAGCUGGGUCCCUCCAGGUCAACUUCACCCUGAGCCCUGUGACCGCAGCCCACGCAGGGACCUACAAGUGCUACAGGUCACACAGCACCUCUUCCUACCUGCUGUCAAGCCCCAGUGACCCUCUGGAGCUGGUGGUCUCAGGUGAGGAACCCUGGCCAGGCCCCCCGUGUCUUCAUGGUCUUCCAUGGUACCUCAAAGUGAUGAUCGGGGUCUCUGUGGCCUUUAUCCUGCUGGCUUUUCUCCUGGUCCUCCUCUUCCUGUUCAUCCGACACCAACGCCAGAGAAAAUGCAGGGCGACGGUGACACAGUCCAAGGACAGAAGCCUGCCCAACAGCUCAAGCCCAGCCACUGGGAUCCAGGAAGAGAACUUGUAUGCCGCUGUGAAGGACAAACAGCCUGAGGAAGAAAUGGAGCUGGGCAGCCAGGACACAGCACCUGAAGACCCCCAGGAGGUGACUUACGCCAAGCUGAACCACUCGGCCUCCAGACAAAAUGCAACCGCACCUCCUUCCUCCCCAUCAGGGGAGACCCCCAGCGAGCCCAGUGUCUAUGCAGCUCUGGCUAUUCACUAG